AUGUACAUUAACGGGAACCAUUUGAACAAAGAUGCAACCACUUUAACCGCCUCGCAUUUCCCUUCAUAUUCUUUCAACAACAACAAAUCCAACUCGAAUAGCAAUAACGAUACCAAAACCAAAAAGCAAAAUGACAAUGACGAUAUCCCUCAUUGGGAGAACUUCCACAUAAAUACCAUACCGCCAUCCAAGGGGAACAAUGCCAACACUAUUGACACAUCCCCGAAGAAUACAAUGCAUAAGAGAAUAUUUCCAGCAAAUGAUACCCUGGGAUCUUCCACCAAACCCUUCAGUUCCCUUAAUUUUCUUCAAGAACCAAGAAAACUGGACCAAUUGAAGUUGAACGCAUUACCUCAGGAGGAACUAAGAAGAAACACAAACUUAAACAAGAAUAUAAAUCCAAUACCAACACCCAUAAAGCCAACGAUAUACAAGAACUCAUAUUAUCUCAACGAUAAUGAUACUGAUGCUUUCAAAGAAGAACAGGAAAAUGAAGAUGAGAUCUCUCCGAUAACACAAGUUCCAGCAAAUGCAAAGAUCCCAUUCCCCGUACCCAAUAAUGCAUAUAUGGAAGUUAAUAGAAUCAAGCCGGUAUAUAAGAAAUCAGGGGAAUUAUUGAAGCCUUCAUUAAAGAGAAGAUCUCAAUCGUUGCCCGUGACUCCAAAUAUUUCUAAUUUGAAUCUUAGGAGAAUUAAUGGACAUGCAAAUGGGAAUGAUAGAGCUCAUCAUUUGGCAAGAAGUAAAAGUGUCCACUUUGCUAACACUUUACCCGUUAGAUUCUUUUCUAAGGAUGAAUCACCCAUUAUCGUGGCUGAAUCACAUGAAAUUACUAAUGAAUUGAACUUCAAACAUAAACCUUUACAAAGAUCAAUGGAUAUGGAUGAAUUGGAAGAAUUGGAAACGGAUGAAGAUAUAGCCGCCAGGAAGAAAAAAACUUUGAAAAAAUUAUUGAAUUUGGGAAGUGACGAUGAAGAUGACGAUGAUGAUGAUGAAGAUGAUGGAAUAUUCUCGCUGGGGUUGGAUAAAUUAAUCCUAAAGGAUAGAUCAAGCUCCAUUGCUAGAAGAGGUGGUGGAGGAGGUAGAAGAAAUAUAGAGACACAAAUGGAAAAAUUUAAUAAGAAAAAUGAAGAUGAUGAUGAUGAUAAUAAUAUUCUAGAUAAGGAUUUGGAAAGAGGAAUGGGUGGGUUUGUCACUUUCAAUAAUACAACAACGCUAACAAGUGAAAAAUCUGUCAUUGGACUUUAUAGUAAGAAUUUCCCAACGCUAAAUAAUAAAAAUCCAAGAAGUUUGAAAUUAAACAUUUUCGUCAACUACUCAAAGGGUAAGAAAGUAUUCUUACAAGACUUAAAUUUACAUAUCCAAAAUGACUACAUUAAUAAUCAUGUCGGUAAUAAUAAUAAACAAAACAAAUAUAUCAUUGGAAGAGCAUUGGUAGAAAACAUAUAUUUCGAUAAGAAAGUGGUCCUCAAAUAUACGUGGGAUAAUUGGCGUUCAUAUCGUGAUAUUGAAGCUAUUUACGUAAGUGAUGCAAAGCAAAUAAUACCGGGAUCAAAUAUGGAUGUGUUUAAAUUCUUAAUUGAUGACGUUAAUAAAUCAGUCUCCAAAUGUCAUUUAGAAUUCUGUAUUCAAUAUCAAACAAGAAACGAAAAGGAAAGGAAAGAAUUUUGGGAUAAUAAUGAUGACAAAAAUUAUAAAGUCGAUGUCGUCACAGAAGUAUUUAGAAACCCAUUUGAAAAUACCAUCAUUUAG